AUGGCAGAUAUCAGUGUUCAAUUGACCGCCCCCAAUGGGCACAAGUACACCCAGCCCAUCGGUCUGUUCAUCAACAACCAGUUCAUUCCCUCCAAGUCUGGCGAGAAGUUCGCAACCAUCAACCCGUCGGAUGAGUCGGAAAUUACUUCCGUCUACGCUGCAGGCGAAGAAGAUAUUGAUAUUGCCGUCAAGGCGGCCCGUAAAGCUCUCAAGGAUCCUUCGUGGAAGCUAAUUCCCGCCACAGACCGUGGUGUCUUGAUGCUCAAAUUGGCCGACCUCGUAGAACAGCACAAGGAAACCCUCGCCACCAUCGAGACAUGGGACAACGGCAAGCCAUAUCAAAUUGCGUUGAGUGACGACGUGUCAGAAGUUGUCAACUGCCUCCGCUACUGCGCCGGAUGGGCCGACAAGAUUCAUGGCCAGACUAUUAGCACCACCUCAGCCAAGUUCGCUUAUACUCUUCGCCAGCCCAUUGGUGUUGUUGGCCAGAUUAUUCCCUGGAACUUCCCCCUGGCCAUGGCUGCCUGGAAGCUCGGUCCUGCUCUUGCCUGCGGUAACACUGUGGUCCUCAAGCCCGCAGAGCAGACCCCUCUCAGCAUUUUGUACCUUGCAACCCUCAUCAAGGAGGCCGGUUUCCCUCCUGGUGUUGUGAACAUCCUGAACGGUUUCGGACGAGUUGCAGGAACUGCCCUCGUGACCCACACUGAUGUGGACAAGGUGGCUUUCACCGGCUCGACCAUGACCGGCAAGGAGAUCAUGAAGAUGGCUGCCGGCACCAUGAAGAACGUCACUCUUGAGACUGGUGGCAAGUCCCCUCUGCUUGUGUUCGAGGAUGCAGACAUCGAGCAGGCCGCCAAGUGGGCCCACAUUGGUAUCAUGUAUAACCAGGGACAGGUCUGCACGGCUACUUCGCGUAUCUUGGUUCACGAGUCCGUGUACGAUAAGUUCGUGGCCCUCUUUAAAGAGGCCGUGACCACCACUAGCAAGGUUGGCGACCCCUUUGCCGACGACACCUUCCAGGGACCUCAGGUCACCAAGGACCAGUACGAGCGAGUUCUGUCCUAUGUUCAGAGCGGCAAGGACGAGGGCGCAACUCUGGUCAGCGGUGGCAACCCACACAAGAAUGUUGGCGGCAAGGGUUUCUUCAUUGAGCCUACCAUCUUCACCAAUGUGAAGGACAACAUGCGCAUCUACCGUGAGGAAGUCUUCGGGCCUUUCGCCGUCAUCUGCAGCUUCUCUACCGAGGAGGAGGCUGUCACCCGCGCCAACGACACAACCUAUGGCCUGGGAGCUGCCGUCUUCACCAAGGAUAUUGAGCGCGCCCACCGUGUCGCCGCAGAUAUCGAGGCAGGAAUGGUCUGGAUCAACAGCAGCAAUGACAGCGACUUCCGUGUGCCCUUUGGUGGUGUUAAGCAGUCCGGGAUCGGCCGUGAACUGGGGGAGGCCGGUCUAGAAGCCUACUCCCACGUCAAGGCUGUUCAUGUCAACCUUGGCACCAAGCUGUAA